AUGGAAGAUGUAAACUCCUACAGAAAACACCAGUUACCAGUAAAAGAACAAAACCAAGCAAACCCGAGUAAGUAUUAUACACCUUUCCUCUACAAAGCCCUCCUGGUCUUCGUUUUCUGGGUUGUAAUCCAAGUUUUGCCCUCACAAGCGCCCGAGUUCAUCAACCAAACCCUCCUCAAUAGAAACUGGGAGCUUCUUCACCUUCUAUUCGUUGGCAUAGCAGUCUCUUACGGCCUUUUUAGCCGACGAACCGAUGAAACAGAGAAGGAAAAUUAUAACAAUCAAUCCAAGUUUGAAGACGUACAGUCUUUGAUAUCCAGAUUCCUUCAGGUUUCAUCUGUUUUCGAUGAAGAAGCUGAAAACUUAUCUGGGUCUGAUGAUAUCAAGGUCCAGACCUGGAGUAGCCUUUACUAUAGGAACGAACCUCAUGUUAUUGUAGCUAAAGAACGCAGUGUUGUUGAUGAAAACACAAGUUCUAGUCCUGGAAACCCUGAAAAGCCUUUGCUUUUGCCUGUUAGGAGCUUGAAAUCGCGUGCUUUGAACGAGACAAGUAGGGGAAGUCGUGCAAAUUCUAACCCUCUUAGGAGGUCUAAUUCUAAGUUGAGUUCCAAAAGGUACGAAUGGAGUGAGAAUAAUAAUGUUGUUCUUCCUUCACCAAUUCCAUGGCGUUCAAGAUCCGGAAGAAAGGAAAUGAAAGAAGAUAAUGAAUUUGGGUCAUUUAGGUCCCAAAGCAUGCGUUUGUCUCGGUCCAAUUCCAUGUCUGCUUCACCAAAGUUGCCCCAUUCGCCGCCUCAAUUUUCGCCGAAGUCGUCCCUAUCUCCUCCGCCACCACCGAUGACUCAAAAACCACCGUCAUUGAAACCUGUUUCUUCCUCGACUCGUAAUGAGGUUUCCUUUGAAAAGGUGAUGGUCGAAACUACUAGUGACGAUGAUUCGGAGAGUGAGGACGAUGGAGCUGGUGAAACUCCCAUCGUUUCAAGCAUCGAAAGGAGCCCAAACAAGGAGGAAGCAAAUCCAAGCAGUGGAAAUGAUGGGGGUUCCGAUGUGGAUAAGAAGGCAGACGAGUUCAUAGCCAAAGUAAGAGAGCAAAUCAGGCUGCAGAGGAUCGAUUCUAUUAAGCGAUCAAGUGUCCAGUUUAAGAGAAACUCUACUUGA